AUGGAAACCUGGCUCCUCAUCCUCACCACCCUCCUCAUUGUCUCCCUCCUCCUCAAAACCAAGAACAACCUCCCGCCAGGACCCACCAACGUCCCCAUAAUCAGCAGCUUCCUCUGGCUACUCAAACCCUUCUCCGAGCUCGAGCCUAUCGUCCGGAACAUCCAGGCCCGCUACGGCCCAAUCAUCACCCUCAAAAUCGCCUCCCGUCCCGCCAUUUUCAUCUCCAACCGCUCCCUUGCCUACAAAGCCUUAAUCCAAAACGGCGCCGUCUUCGCCGACCGCCCCCCGCCCUUGGCCAUCAACAAAAUCAUGAGCAGCAACCAGCACACUAUCAGCUCCGCCCCCUACGGCCCCACUUGGCGUCUCCUCCGCCGUAACCUCACCUCCGAAAUCCUCCACCCUUCCCGAGUCAAAUCCUACUGCGGGGCCCGUAGGUGGGUCCUCCACACACUCGCCAACCGCCUAACUGAAACCCAAUCCAAAUCCAACCGAAUCAAAGUCGUCGACCAUUUCCAGUACGCUAUGUUCUGCUUGCUCGUGCUCAUGUGCUUCGGUGACAAACUCGAUCACAAUCAGAUCAACCAAAUCAAGGAGGUCCAGCAGCGGCUGUGGUUGAGCUCCGGCCAGUUCAACCUCCUCAACUUCUUCCCAUCAUUAACCAAAAUCUUGCUCAAGAAAAAGUGGGCCGAGUUUUUUCGAAUGCGAAAAGAGCAAGAGGAUGUGCUCCUUCCUCUUAUCAGAGCACGUAAGGAAGCGAAGGAGCUAAACAAUAGUGAUGACAUUGUGCUUUCUUAUGUGGACACGCUCUGGAAACUCGAGCUUCCUGAAGAGACGAGGAAGCUGACGGAAGACGAGAUCAUUAGCCUUUGUUCGGAGUUUCUCAAUGCGGGUACAGAUACUACCUCCACAGCGUUACAGUGGAUCAUGGCCAACAUUGUGAAGUAUCCAACAAUCCAGGAGAGGCUUGUUGCAGAGAUUAAAGGAGUUGUGGAGGAAACAGAGGAGGAAGUGAAGGAGGAGGACUUGCAAAGGAUGCCUUAUUUAAAAGCGGUGAUAUUGGAGGGACUGAGGCACCACCCGCCGGCGCAUUUCGUGGUGCCACAUUCCGUCACGCAGGACUCGGUUUUGGAUGGUUAUGUGGUGCCAAAGAACGUGAUGGUGAAUUUCAUGGUGGUGGAUAUGGGGAGGGACCCAGAGGUGUGGGAGGAGCCUAUGGAGUUUAAGCCGGAGAGGUUCUUGAGCAGAGAAGGAGAAGGGUUUGAUGUAACAGGGAGUAGAGAGAUUAAGAUGAUGCCGUUUGGGGUUGGGAGGAGGAUUUGCCCUGGCAUUGGUUUAGCUCUGCUUCAUCUCGAGUAUUUUGUGGCCAAUCUGGUUUGGAGAUUUGAAUGGAAAGCUUUGGAUGGAGACGAUGUGGACCUGUCGGAGAAGCUGGCGUUCACUGUGGUUAUGAAGAAUCCAUUGCAGGUCAACAUAUCUCAGAGAGUAAAAAGUCAUGGAACUCUGUUUGCUGUGUAA